ACAUGCAGAAACCACUGCUAGAUGUUCAUGUCUUCUUCCUCUUCCUCUUCUUCUUCCUCUAGACUUGGAUGGCAUUAUGAUGUGUUUCUAAGUUUUAGAGGUGAAGAUACUCGCAAGAAUUUUACGGAUCAUCUUUACACUGCUUUACAAAAUGCAGGAAUCCAUACAUUUCGAGAUGAUAACGAACUUCCUAAAGGAGAAGAAAUCUCCUCACACCUCCUCAAAGCAAUUAAAGAGUCCAAGAUCUCGAUAGUGGUUUUCUCUAAGGGCUAUGCUUCCUCCACUUGGUGUCUUGAUGAACUUUCAGAGAUUCUUGAUUGCAGACAAACAGCUGGUCAGAUUGUUCUACCAGUUUUCUAUGAUAUUGAUCCUUCUGAUAUUAGAAAACAGACGGGGAGUUUUGCUGAAGCCUUCGAUAGACAUGAAGAACGUUUUAAGGAAGAAAUGGAGAAGGUCCAAAAGUGGAGAAAAGCUCUUGUGGAGGCUGGAAGAUUAUCUGGGUUGGAUCUUCACAGUAUCGCAAAUGGGCAUGAAUCAAGAUUAAUUCAAAUGAUUGUCGAAGAAGUUUUAAGUAAAUUGAAUCCCACAUACAUGAAAGUUGCCACAUAUCCAGUAGGUAUUGAUUCUCAAGUCAAAGAUAUCAUUUCCAUGUUAUGUGUUGGUACAAAUGAAGUUCGAAUUGUGGGAAUCUAUGGGAUGCCAGGAAUAGGCAAGACAACCAUAGCAAAAGCUGUUUUUAACCAAAUUUGUCAUCAAUUUGAAGGAAGUAGUUGCCUUUUGAACAUCAGAGAAAGGUUAGAUCAACACAGAGGUCUACUUCAACUACAACAACAGCUUCUUCGCGAUGCUUUCAAGGGAUAUAUUCGGAUUCAUGAUGAUGAUGAUGAAGAUGGCAUCAAAAGCCAAUUUUGUCGUAAAAGGGUACUUGUUAUUCUCGACGAUGUUGAUCAAUUGAAACAUUUACGUGGAUUGGCAGGAGAGCGAGACUGGUUUGGUCCUGGAAGUAGAAUCGUAAUUACAACUAGAGAUGAACGUUUACUCACACGACUUGAAGUGGAAAAAAAAUAUCACGCAAAAGGACUGAACAAUGAUGAGUCUCUUCAACUUUUCAGUUGGCAUGCCUUUAAGAAGCCCCAUCCAAUGAAAGAAUAUGUUGAGCUGUCUAAAGUUGUUGUUGAUUAUGUUGAUGGAGUUCCAUUGGCUCUUGAAGUCCUAGGCUCUAAGUUGUUUAAAAGAAGCAUCACUCACUGGAGAAGUUUUAUAGAGAAAUUGCAAAAACAUCUUCCACAUCAAAUUCAGAGGCAACUUAUAACUAGUUUGGAUGAUUUGGAUGGUGAAGUGAAGGGUAUGUUCCUUGAUAUUGCGUGUUUCUUUAAUGGUAUGGAUAAAGAUUACGUGGGAAAAAUUCUCGAUGGUCGAGGUUUUUAUCCAGAAAUGGGUUUUGAUAUUCUCGGGGAAAGAUCCCUUUUAACAGUCAACAGUGAGAAUGAGUUACAGAUGAAUAAUCUCUUACGAGACAUGGGAAGGGAGAUCAUUCAUCAAAUGGCUCCAAACCAUCCCGGAAAGCGUAGCAGACUUUGGCAUCCCGAAGAUAUAAUGGACGUACUCGAUAAAUAUUGUUCGGGCACAGAGGCAGUGGAGGGUAUCGUGCUAGACGCUCAAGCAUCAAAAGAUGUAGUUCCAAGCACAUCAUUUGCACCAAUGACAUCUUUGCAGUUGCUCAAAUUCAGUGGAGGACAAGUCCGCGGACACUACGAACAUAUUUCCAAGGCAUUGAUAUGGCUUUGCUGGCAUAAAUUCUCUUUAAAAACCUUACCACACAAAUUUCGAUUAGACAGCCUAGUUGUUCUUGACAUGCAGCACAGCAACAUCAGAGAACUCUGGAAGGAGACCGAGUGUCUAAACAAUCUGAAAGUCAUCGAUCUCAGCAAUUCUAGGUUCUAUGCUAAAACACCAAACUUCUCUGGACUCCCUAGUUUGGAGAGACUAAUUCUAGAAAAUUGCACAAGUUUAGCUGAUAUUCACCAAUCUGUUGGAGAAUUGAAAAAACUUGUUUUCUUGAAUUUAAAGGGAUGUUACGGGCUACAGAAUCUUCCAGAAAGAAUUUCUGAGUUGAAAUCUCUUGAAACGAUGAACCUGCAGAGCUGCCCUAGUCUCAAGAAAUUGCCAGAGAAAUUGGGUAAUAUGCAAGUCUUAACUGAUCUUCUAUUAGAUGAAACUGGAGUUCAGAAUCUACCCUCUUCCACUGGAAUUUUGAAGAAGCUCAAAAAGUUAUUGGUACGUGGAAGUGGACUGGAACUUCACCGUCCGCGUCAGCAAGCUUCCUACUCUGGUCGUACACGCCGGCCCCUGGAAUUUAAACUUCAGCCUCAGGAAGCUUUCCCUUCUCCGGUUUCAAAUGCCUUUCACUCGAAAGAGCUUGCUCUCAAGCAACAACCUUUCCUGCCACCCUCCUUCUCUGGUUUAAGCUCAUUGACAACACUUGAUAUUAGUAAUCGCUAUUUAUCUAACAAUGAUAUUUCCAUCAAUCUUGGGAGUUUAUCCUCUCUCCAGGAUCUGAAUUUGGCAGGAAAUGAUUUCUCCGAGUUGCCUGCCGGCAUUGGCCACCUUGCAAAGCUAGAGAAACUGGACCUGUCAUGGUGUCGAAAUCUUCUGUUUAUCUCAGAGGUCCCCUCGAGUUUAAGAGCUUUGGUGGCACGUGAUUGCACAUCAUUGGAAAAGGUGUCAAUUCAGUCAAAAACAGCGCCGGAUCUGUUACUGGGUGGCUGUGGAAAACUAGCUGAGAUUCAAGGCUUGGAGAGUGUAGAAAACAAACCAGUCAUUCGCAUGGAAAACUGUAACAAUUUGUCAAACAAUUUUAAGGAGAUUCUUCUUCAGGUUUUGUCCAAGGGAAAGCUUCCUGACGUUGUUCUCCCGGGUAGCGAUGUACCGCAUUGGUUUAUGCAAUAUCAAAUAGAUAGAUCUUCCUCAACAUUUCGUAUACCACCCAUUUCAGCUGGUUUAAGUCCAGGACUAAUUGUUUGGACUGUCUAUGCAGCCAUUGAAGUCGCCAGAUGUACACGACCGUACUUGAACAUUCAAAUUCCAACUUGCAUUUCUCUUUGUUCUGCUUCUAUUAGAAAAAAGAAAGAUGAUAAUGAAUUGUUUUAUACACUACCAUGCUUGGACAUUUCUUCAAGGCAUGGAGGUUAUGAUGGAGAUCAUUCUUGGGUGAUCUAUAUCCCAUUUAGCAGGAUUCAAGGUGCAAUAGAAGGUGGAGACGAAUUGGAAGUGUCUGUCAAGCCAGGCGAUAAUGCUAUUGUAAAGAAGUGUGAUGUUGUAAGCAAGUUAUGAUUUUUAUUGUAUAACUUUAUUAAGGAAUUAGUUGGAUUAUAUAUUAGUUGUAUUAUAACUUUCAAUAUGAAUUUCAGAGAUUCAGAUUCAGAUC